GUCAAUACCAGCUCAUUGUCAGACAGCACCAGACUGAGUGAGCAACAUGACUUAUUGGCACAUUGUAUUCGGGAUUCUGCUGGUGGUCACUGCAGGAAUUCAGAGCAAGUUAGCUGACGCAGAUGAGGUCGAUGAUUCCCUCAUUAGGGACUGUGGAAAAGAAGUAAAUGUGCUUAUCGACAGAGCCUAUAAAACCACAAGAGAUAAUUUUAAGGGCCGGCUAAACAAAAAGACAGCUACUGCUGGUGAUCUCUUGGCGUAUGUCAAGCAGCCGGUGGGUGCGAGCAGGAAUGCUAUCCGGGCUGCUGAAAACCAGGGUGCCCUCCUUCAGCUCCUAGCUGAAAAACUCAAACUUACUCACCACGGACCAUUCAACGUAACAGAUUUGCUAACACCAAAGCAGUUCGAACUUAUUUCACAGAUAACAGGCUGCGCCUCACAGCUUAUUCCAAAGGUUUGCAAGGACAGCCCUUAUCGCAGCAUCACUGGAGAGUGUAACAACAGGAAGUAUCCCAGCCGUGGUGCUUCCAACACUGGCUACAAACGAUUGCUACCAGCCGAAUACGAAGAUGGUUUUUCACUUCCUCGAGGCUGGACUGAAAACAAGGCCUUCAAUGGAUUCUCUCUUCCACUGGCACGUGCAGUAUCAAAUGAAAUUGUCCAAUUCCCUACUGAGAGCAUAACAUUAGACGAAGGUAGAGCCCUCAUGUUCAUGCAGUGGGGGCAAUGGACAGAUCAUGAUCUUGACCUGGCCGCUACAAGUCCUGCCAGGCUAACCUUCUUGAAGAGUGUGGACUGUGAAACUAGCUGUGUCCGCGAAAGCCCCUGCUUCCCCUUGAAGAUUCCACCAAACGAUCCUCGCAUUAAGAAUCAGAAUGACUGCAUCCCAUUCUUCCGAUCAGCUCCAGUUUGUAAAAAAGGAUCUCAAGUUCGUGAACAGAUUAACACUCUCACAGCUUACAUAGACGGAAGCCAGAUUUACGGCAGUGAUGCUCCAACUGCAGAGAAACUACGCAACAACACAAACCAGUUGGGUCUUAUGGCAAUUAACCAGAACUUCACCGACAAUGGUCUCCCAUUCUUGCCCUUUGAUACUGUUAGUGAAGAUGUGUGUAUCACAGCCAAUGUAUCAGCUGGUAUCCCCUGUUUUAUUGCAGGAGACCCACGAGUCAGUGAGCAGCCUGGUCUUACAUCUUUCCAUACCCUAUUUGUGAGGGAACACAACCGCAUUGCAUCUGAGUUGCACAAGUUAAAUCCAAAAUGGUCAGGGGAAACUUUGUAUCAAGAAACUCGGAAGAUCAUUGGUGGAAUCUUGCAGAAAAUAACAUACAAAGACUGGCUUCCCUUACUGCUCGGAUCAGAGCUCCCUAAUGUCCUACCUCCGUAUAAAUCCUAUGAUGAGUCUGAGGACUCAAGCGUGGCCAAUGUCUUUACUAAUGCGUUUCGGAUGGGUCAUACUUUGAUACAGCCAUUCAUCUACCGUCUAGCUGAUAAGUACCGCCCAUAUACACCAGAACCACAGACUCUUCUUCACAAGACGUUCUUCUCCACCUGGAGAGUGAUUCAACAAGGUGGCAUUGAUCCACUGCUCCGUGGCCUGAUGGCAAAUCGAGCCAAACUGAACCGUCAAAACCAACUGGUGGUUGACGAACUGAGGGAUCAUCUUUUCGAGAUUGUUAAACGUAUUGGCCUUGACCUAACAGCUCUAAAUAUGCAACGAGGUCGUGAUCAUGGCUUGCGAGGAUACAAUUCAUGGAGGAGGUUUUGUGGUUUAUCUGCUCCACGCAAUCUGAAAGAGUUGACCUCUGUGUUAAAUAACAAGGAGCUGGCCAAAAAGUUUAUAGAUCUCUAUGGAACACCUGAAAACAUAGACAUCUGGGUUGGAGGAGUUGCAGAACCCCUGGUUCCAGGAGGCAGAAUUGGAAAACUACUCACCUGUCUGAUUGGAAACCAGUUCCAUAGGGGUCGACAUGGAGACAGGUUUUACUAUGAAAACCCCUCCGUUUUUACUGUUGCUCAGAGGAAUGCCAUAGAGAAGGUGACUCUGGCGCGUAUCAUCUGUGAAAACACUAAAAUUAAUGAGGUCCCUCUAAAUGUCUUCAUGGGGAAUAGCUACCCCAAAGACUUUGUAAGGUGCUCUACAAUCCCAGAACUCAACCUGAAGCUUUGGAAGGCGUAAUGUUAUUUUCUUCGGUAGAAACACGGAAGAUCUGCCAAGACUUGUGUACCUAGCUCAUGGGUUUAUCAGUCUGACAGCUAGUCUUCCGCACAAAUUUCAAGUUGACAUGUUUGCGUAAAUAUAUAUAUUUAAUUGGACGUCAAUUUAAUAAAUACACGUCGCCACGAGCUGUAAUUGAACAUUUUAACUUGUCUAUAAUGUAUUUACAGAAUAUUACAGUUUAAUUUAUAUAUAUUAUAUGAUAUUAUAAAUAAACGCUGAACCAACAAUUGUAGAACAAGGGACAGAAAAUUCCACUAUAAAAUUCAGACAAUAAAUAAUGUAAUGCUUUACCUUUUGUGUUGGUCUGUUUAUAUUGUACUGUCUUUAUAUUGUACUGUCUUUUUACCCACUUGUAGAAGAAUAUGUUUGUGCUGUAUAAAUGCCAGUGAUAAAUAAA